AUGUCGGAGACGCUCACAUGCGAGAUCUUCAACCUAACAAUCGAGGUAAUCUUUGAACGCUGGGGCGAUCUUGUGAAUGACUUGCAAGUAGACGCCAUCGUUCCCAAAGCCGAUUCGUUCUGCGAGGCCAUUGCCGGCCGCGGAUCGCCUCUCACUAGGUGCUGGGGAUUCCUGGGUGGAACUAUUCGUAAGAUUGCUCGUCCUUGGCGAAAUCCGCGCAUUUACUAUACCGGAUGGAAGCGUGUACACUCAUUGAAGUAUCAGGCGGUAGAUUCCCCGGAUGGCAUCAUCAGUCAACAUUGGGGUCCUAUGCUCGGUAGGCGCCAUGAUGUGGCGUUGCUGGGGCUAAGUGGGCUGUUGGAGACGUUGAUGCAGUCAUUCAACGAUGCGGCGGGCGCACCGUACUACAUUUUCGGAGACCCAGCAUACCAGGUAUCCCCAUGGCUGAUGGCGCCAUACAAGGGCUUGUUGUCUGUUGCCGAGGUGGCAUUCAUGAGUAGAGUAAGGGUGACUGUCGAAUGGGGCUUCGGCCGGGUCGUGGCGUUGUGGCCUUUCGUCGACUACGUGAAGAAGCAGCAGGUGGCCCUCAGCGCAUGCGGUCUUGGAAAGCAGUACGCGGUGGCUGGUAUUCUGACGAAUUGCCACUGCUGUUUCUACCCAAACUCGACAGUGAAAUUCUUUGACCUUGCCCCCCCUUCCCUCCAAGAAUAUCUUUCGGGAGAGGGGUGA